AGUGAGUUGAGUAUAGUUUAAUUUUAGCGUAGCCUCACGUUUACAUCCCCAAUCCAUAGGGCUACUAUUUACAGCGUUCAGUUCAAUCCAAUUGAGAUAAACGUUUACAUCCCUAAUCCCUAGGGCUAGUAUUUACAGCGUUCGCUUCAAUCCAAUUGAGAUAACAAUGAGCGUAGGUUUUAUUGUCUGGGUCCGAGAAUCCAAUUGAGAUAACAAUGGAAGUAGGUUUUAUUGUUCCGAGAAUCCAAUUGAGAUAACAACGGACGUAGGUUUUAUUGUCUGGGAGACUAGUGCCACGUUAAGCCUACGUCCGAGACACAUGGAUGUGUCGUCGAUUAGCCUUUAAGAUCAAUCCGCAAACGUUCAACUUUUGUCACUUCUCAGCUGGAGGACAUAAAAUUGUCCUUGCAAUCUACAGUCAUUCAAUUACGCGGCGAUUAUGUUCUGGGCAUGAUCGACACGUUAGGAGUACACUCGUCCCCCUGCAUGCAACUCCCUUGCCUGUUCUAAUCCCUCUUCAUUUCUCACUUGCCCCACUAUAAAACGCCAUAACCUUCUCCAAUCCUUAUAUCAAGAAAAAAGCACGAAUCAAAUUUUGUACAAUGGCUGUCUUGGGCAAGUUUUCUUUAGCUGUUCUACUCCUUUCCCUUUUGGUUCUCUGUGCUGGCUUGGCUUUGGCUACAACAGACCCAGAGCUGAAGCAGUGCAAGGACCAAUGUAAACACCAACGUCAAUAUGAUGAGGAUCAGAAGAGAGAGUGCUUGGAUCGAUGUGAGAAGUAUUACAAGGAGAAAGAGGAGCAAGAGAGGAAAGGAGAAGGACGGAGAGAAGAAGGAAGAGGAACGGGACGUCGCGAUGAAAAAAUGCAGGAGUUGUAUGAACGCCCAUGUGAGUGGUGCCGAAUGAGGUAUGAAAAAGAACAUCAUGGAAGAGAAGAGGAGAAAGAGGGAAGAAAAGAGAACCCUUAUGUUUUUGAGGAGCGUCAUUUCACCUCAAAAGCGCGGAGUGAACAUGGAAGACUCGAUGUUCUCCAGAAGUUCACCGAGGAAUCGGGAGUUCUACGUGGUAUUGAGAAUUACCGUGUUGCCGUGGUUGAAGCAGCUCCUCAAACAUUUGUAUCUCCAACUCAUUGGGACUCUCACGCUGUUCUUUUCGUGGCUAGUGGACGGGGAACUAUAACUGGAAUCCAAGAGGAAAAGAGACGAAGCUUCAACAUCGAAGAAGGAGAUGUCAUGAGGGUUAGUGCAGGCACUACUGUUUACGUCAUUAACAGGGACGAAGAUGAGCGGCUUUUCAUUGUCGCUUUCCUGAGACCUGUCAAUAUUCCCGGCGAAACCGAGGCUUUCAGGGCACCAGGUAGUCAAGAUCACGAGUCCUUUUACAGCGCAUUCAGCUGGGAAUUGCUGGAGGCUGCUCUUAAGACCGACAGGAGGAAGUUGGAGCGCAUAUUGAAUCAGAACCAAGAGAUCUUUACAAAAGCCUCCAAGGAACAGAUCCAAGGUAUGAGCCAGCGUGAGGAAGGUGGCGGCAUCUGGCCAUUUAGAGGAGAAUCAAGCGGCCCAUAUAAUCUUCUACACCAGCGCCCUGUUCAAAGCAACAACCACGGUCAGCUUUACGAAGUGGAUCGUAGGUAUUAUGAGCAGCAGCUUGAAGACCUUGACAUAAGUGUCUCAUUUGCCAAUAUCACACGAGGAUCUAUGAUUGGACCCUACUACAAUUCGAGAGCGACCAAGGUAGCUGUUGUUGUGGACGGUGAGGGCUACUUUGAAAUGGCUUGUCCUCACGUUGGCCGAGAAUCGCAAACCGGCUCAACUUAUCAGAAAAUAAGCUCGCGCUUGAGACGUGGCACCGUGUUCGUUGUCCCUGCCGGACAUCCGGUGGCUUCCGUAGCUUCACGGAACAGUAAUCUUCAAGUACUCUGCUUCGAGGUGAAUGCCAGAGGCAACACUAGGUAUCCUCUUGCAGGGAAAAAUAAUAUUGUGAAUAAGAUGGAGAGAGAAGCGAAGGAGUUGGCGUUCGGUGUGCGAGAGAGAGAAGUAGACCAAGUUUUCGGUAGCCAAAGUGGACAGUGGUUCUUCCCGGGACCGAGGGAGCGCCAGUGGGAAGGUCGCGCGGAUGCAUGAGCAUGUGAAAGCAAAAUUGAGGCCUUCUGGGGUUUAAUGCUUUUGGGAGGGGGAGAGGUGGUGAAGGCUAACCGACAGAAGGCUUGAUUUUGUGGGGUUUUGUAAUGUGAAUACUGUGAUGUAUAUGUGAUGAAAUAAUGGAAGGGAGAAGAGUAUAUAAUAUAUAUAAUAUAAUAAUAAAUAUGGAUUUUACAUCCUCGUGUUCUUUCUUAUUCAUGUGUAUGAAUAAUGUAUGGCAAGUAACGACUGCUAUUUACAUUAAUUUAAGAUAAUGUAUACAUUUAUAUACUA